GAGAACUACUUAGUCCAUAAGUUGUUUUUCGAAAAAGAAGUAAGUACAUGUUUGAUCAAAAGUACAUUGUCCUACGAUAAUCUUGUUCAUAGGUCAAUUCACUUUGAGCAGCAUAUUUUUACGGCAACAGAAAGAUAGCAAGAGCUCAGCAGUUCAUUCUCUUCUGACUGCAAAGUCGUUUUUCGUCGUGUAAAUUUGUAACACCCGGCCGCCGCGCCUCACUUCUAG